CGGAGGGAGUGAGGGAAAGUGCGAGAUCUGUUGCAGCGUCUUCACCGAUCAUUACGCCACAGACGGAGUCUCCCGCAGGCCAGACCAACUGAACUUUUGAAAAAGUCAUACAUUCCCAAAUCUGAGGUGAAGAGUGGCAGUGCCAGUCUGGCCAUGGAGGACAGUAAGAAGAAGUCCAACCUGCUGAAGGAUAACAGCUGGAUCAGGAAAAACGAGGAGGAGGAUGAGCCAGUGGACCGGGAUCCAAACUUCGGCAGAGCUGUACUGACCCGGAUGAAGUCAAACGAAUCUCCUGGCAGCCCGAAAUCAGAAGCCCCGCCCUCCAGCACGGUCACCUCCAGCACCUCAGUGCAGUCGAUCAGCAAGAGGUUCAGCGGGACUAGCCAGCCUGUGAAGAGCACACCUCCUCCGAGCUACGACAAGGCCGUCGCCAGCAAAACCACUAAAGUCUCAUCUGAUGGGAAGACCACUGAGACAACCGUCACCACAACCAGGACCAGUGGCACGAAACGGCCCACAGAAACCUUCACUGAGCGGGUCUUCUCUGACGUGAAGUCAUACAGCAAACCAAAGCCCGGGACUCUUCCCCCCAAACCAAAAACAAGCACCACGGAAGUAACAACCAGAAAGGGGAGUGCCUCCAGCCCUAAAACAUCAGAAACAACAAGUGUGACAACCUUCACGGAGAUCAUCAAAAACGACGAUUACAGCAAGACGGAGUCUUCUUCAUCUCCGACCUCCUCCUCCACCAUCACCACCACCAGGACCACGACCGUCUCCAGCCCUAAACCAUCUGAAACAACAACAACAACAGUGACAACCAACAAGGAUUCUCUGAAGGAUAAGUCUUUGGACCUUCUUUCCGAUGACCUUGGAUCAAGCGGCGGGGACAGUGUUUACAGCAAGACAUAUUCUCCGUCAUCUCCGACCUCCUCCACGACCACCACCACCAGGACCAGGAGUGUCACCAGCCCUGAAGAAAAGGCUAUGAAAACCUUCACGGAUCCUACAAAAGACAAGCCUUUGGAUGAUCUUGCUGAUGACCUCAUUUCAUUGCCAUCAAGCACCGGAUACUCCAGUCGCAACAGCGAAUACAGCAGGACAUAUUCUUCAUCAUCUCCGAAUUCCUCCAUCACCACCACCAGGACCACGAGUGUCUCCAGUCCGAAAACAUCUGAAACAACGACCGUGACAUCCUACACGGAGAAAAUCAAGUCUUUGGAGGAUCUUUCUGAUGACUACGGUUCAAGCAAAGGUUACUCCAGUGGGGACAGAGAUUACAGCAGGACAUAUUCCUCAUCAUCACCGAAUUCCUCCAUCACCACCACCAGGACCAGGAGUGUCUCCAGUCCGAAAACAUCUGAAACAACGACCGUGACAUCCUACACGGAGAAAAUCAAGUCUUUGGAGGAUCUUUCUGAUGACUACGGUUCAAGCAAAGGUUACUCCAGUGGGGACAGAGAUUACAGCAGGACAUAUUCCUCAUCAUCUCCAAACUCCUCCCUCAUCACCACCACCAGGACCAGGAGUGUCUCCAGCCCUAAACCAUCUGACACAAUGACCCUGACAAGCUACACGGAGACUGUGAAAGACAGGGAUUACAGCAGGUCCUACUCUCCGGAUCCCACCAGCAGCAGCACCUCCAGGAGAACCUACAGCAGCACUGAAUAUUUACCAAGUGUGAGAACCAGCUCAUAUUCUGUGAGCUCUGACCCCAGCUAUGCUGACAACCUGUCCAAGAGCAGGAGCUACACCAGCCUGCCUAGAGACACCAGUUAUGAAUACACCAGUGUGUCCAGCCCAACAACCUACACCAAAUCAUCCUACCUGGAGAACAGCCCCUCCGGCUCAUACUCUGACAUCCAGUCAAAGUCAAGCAGCUCGGUCUACACCACCUCGGACAGGGCUAUCACUGCGAGAGACAUUUGCACCUACUGCCACAAACCAAUGAGCAUUGAAGCCAAGAUGAUCCUGGAUGAACUGCAGAUACACUGCCAUGCCACCUGCUUCAGGUGUGAGGUGUGCAGCAACACCCUGGGGCAUCUGAAGGCCGGGGACACGAUAUGGAUCCACCACCGCACUGUGCACUGCGAGAGGUGCUUUGAAACCACCAGAGAGAAGUGGCGUCGCUGAUCAACAAUGAGCAACAAUUAACCAAUCAUGAUCAAACUAGAGAUUAUGCAUAUGUAACAGAAAUACGAAUAUGUAUUUAUGGUAAGUGGGUAAACAAUGUAUAAGCCACAUGUAGGGAAUUAAAUAUAAGAGAAUAAACAAUGAACUGCACCUUUCCACUGUCUGUAGGGCGUAGGGGCAUUUCUUCUUUGCAUUAAAUAAAUAAAAUCAUUACAAUAGGAUGGUAAAGGAAUAAACUAUAUCACUAGGCUUUCAUACAAAUCAAAUUAAAUGUGCUAUAAACGAUAUGCUACAUACUGUAUUGCUAAGUGCAUCUCUGGCUGAGAAAAACCACUGACGAUAUAUACGUUAAUUUUUUCUAUUUUGUCUGUUUUUUAACCAGUCUAUCACAAUCAUCAUCUGUAACAAAGCAUCACUCGAAUAAAUAAAGCUGUAUCUUCUGA